UGGCCUGAAGCACCCUCUGGGGGGCUGGGGGCGACGGAGCACCGCGGCGGAGGGAGCGUCGAGUCAGCACCCUCAGCACCUGAAUCCACCUGAGGGAGUCAGCACCAGGUAGCACUCGGCUCGAGCUCCCAGGAGGUGCUCGUGUGCGGGAUGGCAAAGGCUGUUAAUCACGCCGCUGCACGGAACUGCUCUAAAUGUGGGUGUAAUUGGCGUACGCGGGUGAGCGGGUGAGGGGCGGGUGCGGGUCGUGGCGGUAUCUGGCAGGGAGGCGGCAGCUGCGGCGGGCAGGUGGUCUGUGUGUGGGAACGCGCCCGACCAGCCCGUUCUCACGCUCGCUAGGCUCCUCCCCUUCCUCGCCCUCCCCUAUAAAGGCUGCGGAGCGGAGCCAAACGCCAGACUCAUUCCAAUACUCGCUGAGAGCAAGGCACCAGCCUCUCCACGCAGCCAGCCACUCUGUGAACUUAGCUGAUCUCUGCGUCCCUUGUGUACGAUCCACGAUGGCGUGUGAACUGGAGCCACUGUCCCGCACCUACCAGUACCGCAAGGUGAUGAAGCCCAUGCUGGAGCGCAAGCGGCGGGCGCGCAUCAACAAGUGCCUCGACGAGCUCAAAGACCUGAUGGUGACGGCGCUGCAGGCGGAGGGCGAGUCCAUCGCCAAGCUGGAGAAGGCGGACGUUUUGGAGCUGACGGUGACGCAUCUCAAGAAGCUGCAGCGUCGCAAUCAGCUGGCCGUGCGUCCCCUGCCCAGCCACCAGGACAAGUUCCGUGAGGGCUACAGCCACUGCGCCUCCGAAGUGUCCCGCUGCCUCGCCUCCGUGCAGGGCGUCGACGUCACACUCGGCACCAAGCUCAUGACGCACCUCGGCAUCUCCCUCACCAACUACGAGAAGCGGGCGCCCCUCACCAUCCUCGUGCCCCAGGCUGAGCCGUCACCAGCGCUCUCCUCGGCCUCCAGCGGCUACUCCUCCGCCUCCGAGCUGUCUCCCACGCCCUCCACUUCCAGCAGGAACAGCUCAUCUCCCUCCUGCAGCGGCCCCACCAGCAGCCUGUCCACUACAAGCAGCGGCAGCAGCAGCAGCGGUAACAACACUAGCAGCAGGGCCCCGGCCACCACCACCAGUGCCUCCCCACGCCCCCAGGGUCUGCUGACCAUCGCGGCGCCCCCAUGCCCCAUGUGGCGCCCGUGGUAACCAAGCAACGCUCUCUCCACGAACAAGCUACCUCAGCCACCCGUCCGUCGGCAACCUGUUAGCCGCCAGUCAACGCUACUGAAGGAGUCGACAGCUCGAGAGCGACAACGGAACCUGCGUCUUCUUGCCCUCUGUGAUAGCCCCGCCCGGGGCCCGCUGUGAUAGGCCGCCCUGCGGAGUGAUACCUUCUGUGAUAUUCAACGCCACCAUCACCUUCAUCACCAUCAUCAUCACCCUCAUCACCACCAUUAAUAUAUUGAAUAAAUGCAAUGGUUUAAACUUA